UGUCUGCCCCCUGAUACACAAAAAGCUAGCAUGGCGAUGGAGAUGCAGCACAACUGGGUAGAUGUGACUGACACAUUUCGGACCUCCUGCACAGAGCUGAAGCUAGGAGAGCUAGUCCACGACCAGUAUUUUGGCCUCUUUGAGGCGAUGUCGGCCAUUGAGAUGAUGGACCCGAAAAUGGACGCAGGCAUGCUGUGUCAUCAGAGCCACCUGGUGAUGGGAUUCGACAAGUCGAUUAACGCCGGAAAGUUGAAGAAGCGUAACGUCUUGAUGCCGGAGCUGAUCGCAAUCAUAGACGACACGUACGCGUGCUUGGUCACCUGGCUCGAGGGGCAUUCGCUCGCGCAGACGUUGUUCACGAACCUCUACCUGCACAAGGUGCACGACGUCGACGACCGGCAGGUGAAGGCGUUCUCGAUCGCGAUGCUCAAGAUCGUCGACAUCCUCCGCGAGAUCGUCAGCCGCGCGUCCGUCUUCGAGGAGGAGGACUUCCAGCCACUUACGUACGGGUUCAAAAUGGCUGCCGACAUAUCGGAAGUGCGGACAAUCGGAAUGGUGAAAGAAAUAGAAGAUGACAUUCAAAAGAUUGUAAAGAGCACUCGCAGCAAGCAGGGUGAAAACCGAGAUGCGCAGACGACAGCGCAGCAUAGCGAGGCGUCUGCCCUCUACACCCGUCUCAAGUUCACGAGGUUGCUGUUCGUCACACUGGCUGGUCUCAAUAAGAGAGAGGACAUUACUAGCACAGUAGGAGAUGUCAAGAAAUACCUAAACCAGUGUAAAGAGUUGCUGCAGUCAAUGCUAACCAGUGUUGACCUGGGAGUUCAACCAGUGCCAACACAGGACACCAGCAGUACAGUGACCUAUCCGACCGUGAUGGGAUUCGAGCCGCUCGUGAACCAGCGCCUGCUCCCACCGACGUUCCCGCGCUACACGCGCAUCCGCUCGCGCGAAGAGACGCUCGUCUACCUCGACAAGCUCAUGUCGCGCGUAGAGCACGUCUGCAACGUCGUCGGCUGCAGCGGCUUCCACGGAGUGCUGGACUUCAUGAGAGACUUCAGCAACAGAGAGUCCUGCGUGCUGUCCAGGUCCGUCCUACAGAUGCUGUACAUGCCGGCGGAUAAGAUGGUGUAUGCAGUCACACCGAUCGCGGAGGUUCUUCGUGAGACUGCGAGAAACUUCAUCUGUCCUCCGGCGCUCAUGCCAAAAUCUUCUCUCGCUAACAAUCCGCUGACUAAGGAACACGUGGAUGCGUUCAUCGUACAGGCGACGCGGCCGUUCCGCGCCUUGCUGCAGAUCACCGGCAACAACCGCGCGCGGCAGCGAGACAAGCUCGCGCACGUGCUAGACGAACUCUCCAACCUACAGGACGAGGCUGACAAGGUGGAUGCUUUUCUACACAACCUGCUGAUUAAGAGCGAACCCCAGCGGCAGCAUCUCGCCUGCUUCGGCUCCUGGGUGCUGUGUCAUGUCAUACAGGUUAUGAUCCAGUAUCUACUUCUAGGGUUUGAGCUAGAGCUGUAUAGUCCACACGAAUACCAUUACAUAUACUGGUACUUGUACGAGAUUCUAUAUGGCUGGCUCAUAUCUGUGCUCUCCAGAGCUGAUGGUUUCUGCGUGGAGUACGAUGCAUUUGUCGCAGAGCAGCAGAAAGGAAGGAACAAGAAGGCGAAGAAGAAGAAGCGGCAGCGACCGUACGCGCGCGACAUCACGGUGGCGCAGGCCUACCAGAACCUCUCCGGUGGACUCUACAAGGCGCUCGCUGGAUUUCAGCUGGAGGGCCGGCAGAAGAAGCCGAUGUUUGAGUUUGAUUCGGAGCAGGUGCGCUACGAACAUCGCUUCGGACCGUUCGGCAGCGUGAACACACCGCCCCCGGUGCCGUUCGAACAGUGCCAGGCUCUGUUGAAAGUGGCUAAAACGAAUUUCGUAGUCAUGAAGCUGCUAGCAAGUGGACACAAGGGCGAUUCGAAGGAGCCGCCGGAGUUUCUCUUCACGCCGCACAAGGCUUUCCCGAUCAUUCGUAUCACGUGA